UGGCUGCUGCUGCUGAUGACUCAGGUGAUGUGUCAUACUCCAGUGCUUUAAAAGGGAACUUUUACAUUUUGGCCACACAAACACAAUCACACACACGUACAGUACACACACUCUGGACUCAGAGGGUUUGUUUACUACAGAAGAAGGAAGAAGAAAAAUGAAACUAUUCCAUGACUCCGCCUCCUUUUUCCUCCACCUCCUGCUAUUGGCUGGGCUCUUCGUCCGGUCCUCGUCCCGGCCCGUCAACACAUCCCUCUGCAGCGUGUUUGCCUCUGUGAUACCUCACCUGGAAAAGCUGUUGAACUCGUCCAAGAAACUCCACGACGUGUCAGAAGAAGAGGUCGCAGUCCUUAGUACUAUGGAACACAGACUGGACACCCUUCCUCAGAUUGAACACACCGCCAGUCAUUUCGGGUCAAUGAAGGUCAACGAGUCUCUGUCUCAGCUCUAUGUGGACACUCAGUCCUUCAAGCACCACGUCGACUGGUUGAAAACAGCAAAGCACAACCACAGUUUGCCCUCCCAGUCAGCAGAGGGCACCAGCACCCACCUCCUGCACAUCUCCAACCUCAUCAAAACUUCUCUGAAGCAGGUCAGUGCCGAGGUCCCUGAGUUGGUGGCUCCUUCGCUCCCCGUCGUCCCCACGGCCUUCGACGUUCUCAGAAUCUCCGUGGAACUCUCUGAACGCCUACGAGUCUUCGGAAACUGGUCCAAGAGGUUGUUAAAGAGCUUCCAGAGACAGUCGCGCUGCCCAAGACAUUAAAACCUCCAGGACCACAACCAGCUGCUAACGAGUUCCUACGAAACCACUUGAUUUGUUUGUUUUUUUUAGAUUUCAAAGUAAGAUCUUCUUGCCAUUUCUAGAGAUACUUGGUUGGUCUAGACCACAAAAAAACAAAAACAAAACAUAAAACAAAGAAUGUUACAGAUUUUAUUCUGUGAAACAUUUCCAUCAUGGAACGUUUUCUUCCAGGGUUCAGUUGUGAAUAUCAACUUUACUCCCAAGUUCAGCCUGAUAUAUAGCACAUAUUUUUCAGCAGGAGUGCUCUGUUUACACAAUAUUUCACAUUAACACGUAUUUAUUAAAUUAAAAGUUAAAAACCAGAAUGUAUGUUUGUGCCUCCUAAGGUGUGUUGAUCUACGAGGUAAAAGACGAGAAAAACAUUGUGGAACGAUUCAGUUUUUUGUUAAAUUUUAUUUGUAAUUAUCGUUAUUUUAUUUUGUAUUUAGUUUUCUAUUUAUGAGGUUUUUUAUAUUUAUAUGCACUUGUUUAUUUUGAGAUGCAGGCAUCUGUUUUUUUUUAUUUUCUAUUUGUAUCAUGUAAUAUUUAAUAAUAUUAAUAAUAACAUUAAUAAUAAUAAUAAUAUUGAAGUGCUGUAAUAUGACUUUUUACUGUGCUAUUUAUACAUUUUGUACGUUUUGUUUAUGUUUGAAGUUAUUAAUAAAAAUUUUUAC